UUCAGAGUCGAUAUUACCUGCAUGGGAACGACGCUACAUCGAAUAUGUUGAGGAAAUACAGUGUAUGAAAUUUAAUAUUUUGGACUGAAGAUUGCAAAGAAAGGAAAACACAAAUGCCAACAGAAGUUGCAGCACUCACAGAGUUACAACUAUGUAACCGGAGCUUUCAAAGUUGAAUUUCUAAUGAGAAACAAUAGAGAGACCUAAUUAAUACACUAAUUCUGCACUCUCCAACUGUACUUUUCUCAGUUAUUUUCUAUUUUUUUGCGACGAAGAUGAGUGCGCACGAAGUUUAUUCAGUGAAGGCGGUUCAGUUUCUGCUGGUUUUGGUGUUCAGUGUCCAGUGCGGUUUGGCAUUCUCCGUCGCCGGACAAGUGAACACCUGUGAUGCCAAUGGCAGCGUGUAUUACGUGGGGGAAUGGUACUUUCUGGACUCGGACCAUUGUACACAGUGUGAAUGUACCGCUGAGGGGUCAGCAUGCGCGAGGACGGAGUGCACUUCUCUCCCGGCAGCGUGUAUUCAUGUCAGCCACUACCCGACUGAUUGCUGUCCUAGGUGCGAGAAGAUAGGCUGCGAGUACAGGGGAGAGGUGUACGAGCUGGGAGAAAGCUUCCAGCCCUCGGAGUGUGAGCAGUGCACGUGUGACAGUGAUGGCAUCGCCCGCUGCCUGGUGGCAGACUGCGCCCCCCCGCCCUGCGUCAACCCCAUCUAUCAGAAAGGGAAGUGCUGCCCGGAGUGCAGGGAGGGUCCAAACUGCUACACGGAUGCCUCCCGGAACAGAGUGAUCCCAGGGGGCGAGCCCGUUUGGAUCGACUCCUGCACCAAGUGCCGUUGCCACGACGGCCAGGAGGCUGGCUACUGGGAGGGCAAUCGUGUGGCCAUCUGCGCCCGCGUUCACAACUGUACCCCCGAAGAGGGCCCCCAGCCCAACUGAGCUGCCAGACGCAAAAACCAAAUACCAGUGGGACUCAAAAUGAGAGCCUUCAAAGCACUAGCCCCUAAUUCAGCGACACAUCACUUGUGUACCAAUAUAUAUUUGCCCCCUAACCAGUUCCAGAGCGACCUCAUCAGUUGUGCUUUAGUUACCUGGAUGUUUAAAUGCUAUGCGGUCUUUUCGGAAGGUUACAGCAGGUUGCAUCAUUCAGUACAUUUUGAAUGAUGGUUUGCAUUUCCUCCCCAAAGAAUUUCGAAUGCCAACGGAGAAAAUGUAGAGCCAAAAAGAGUACUUAUACAGUGAUGAUUAGACUCCUCCUCCAGAAGAGAAGUAUGUUCUCCACACUCACAGCAGAGCUUUUUUCAGUACAAAUAAGAAUGGUGAGACGUCCGGGGAGGUUCUAUUAGUGACUUGUUCGACCAAUCACCACCCCCCAGUCAGUCAAUCGUUUUAUAAAAACCUUUCACAGAAAUCAAGUUCUCCCUGUUUUAUAUAGGCCUAUUUGUUUUUAUUUACUGCAAAUGAUAAGAGUGACCAUCAAUAUAAGCAGUAGGACAAGAACGUCUUGUGAACUGCAUUACAGUUUCUAGUUCCAUGACUUUUAUUCCCAUCCUUAAAAGACCAAAGUGCAAAAACCAAAAUAUUUGAGACUAGGAAUUUGGAGUUUGUAAAUGUGUAUGUGUGUCAUUAUACACGUCCAUGCAGGCAUGGAAAUAGCUCACUACUUAUAAAGUCAUUUAGGUAAGUAGAAGUUAACAUAAAUUCAUUUUUAAAUUAUAUUUUGUAGAUUUGAUGGAUUAUUUUAGCAGGUUGACAAUUUUAGAGAAAUUAUGUCCAGCAAUGCUUAGGACUGACUGAAGAAAGUUUUUGCCAAAAAUUUCAGAAUCACACAUUUAUUCCUGUAUAACAAUAAUGCACAACACUAGACUUAAAUGCAGAUGUCUUUAGAUUGGCCGCUGGUAAAAGUUAUAGAUUUUGAUUUCAUUUAGGUAUCUUUCUACUAAGUAGGUUAUAUGCAACUUACCUGAGUACACUAACAAAUGGACCCCAGUGGUUAGGUUAUCCAGUCACACUUUCCCUUCCUCUAAUAUUAUUCCAACCCUAAAUCUCUAUGUAAUUACACAGGUAAUAUGCAGUAGUAACAUUGUAGUUACGUAGCUGUCAGUCAUACAAAUACAAUGCCCACUAACAUCCGGUGUGACAUUAAUUGGAGCUUUGAGAAAGAGCUAUGCAUAUUGUUCAACUGUCACUCACAAGAUAUCCAUUGGUCUUUCUCCAUGCUCUUUCAUUAGGAAUUAAAUGUAUCUUUUACAAUAGAAAUAUUUGUACUGUUUUACAAAUUAGUUUUUUCUCUGCAUAUCUCUUUAACAAUUUAUGUUUUGUUCUACGUGACUUGUAAAUAAUUGUUUACACAGAAAAUUAUUGUUUUCAUCACAAAAACCCUGAUAAUGCAUAUUUCUGUUUCACCAAGUCAUUGUAGCAGAGUUUUCUUUGGUGUGAAAAGGCAUUAAAGAGGGAAAGCUAUCAAGA